GAUUGGUAACAGAAUACUCCGUAGAAGCAGUUCGAAUGCCCCGUCGAGCCAGUCUUGUCCCGCAUGGCGAUCGACUAGGCGUGAAUAAAAAGCCGAUGCAUUUGUCCUCUCUGCUGCGCGGUUCGGAGAGAACAUCCCCCAGAAAACGCUGUGCGUAAAGACCGGACGUAGCCAUGGCCCAAACCAAGAUCACCUCCAAGACUUUUAAGCUCAACACCGGCGCCGAGAUCCCGGCCAUUGGUCUCGGGACAUGGCAAUCGAAGCCCGGUGAGGUCGGCAGGGCCGUCGAGGCUGCCCUGCGGGCCGGUUACCGUCAUAUCGACACGGCCUUCGCCUACGGCAACGAGAAGGAGGUCGGCGAGGGCAUCCGCGCGUCGGGUGUUCCGCGCGAGGAGAUCUUCCUCACCACCAAGCUGGACAACCCGUGGCACAAGCGCGCGCCCGAGGCACUGAAGCGCUCCCUCGAGAACCUCGGCGUGGACUACCUGGACCUCUACCUGAUGCACUGGCCAUCCAGCACGGAUCCCGAUGAUCCCAAGAAGCAUUACCCUGACUGGGACUUUGUCGAUACGUGGCGCGAGAUGCAGAAGCUGAUGGAGACGGGCAAGAUCCGGAACCUGGGCGUCAGCAACUUCGGGAUCAAGAACCUUGAGCGGUUGCUGAACGACCCGAGCUGCAAGAUCGUCCCGGCCGUUAACCAGAUCGAGCUUCACCCUGGCAACCCGUCCCCCAAACUGGUCGCCUACUGCGCCGAGAAGGGCAUCCACUGCACCGGCUACUCGCCGCUCGGCAGCAGCGACUCCCCGCUAUACAAGAACGAGACGAUCGCGGCCAUCGCCCAGGCCAAGAACCGCACCGUCCAGCAGGUUCUCCUGCUUUGGGGCUUGAAGAAGGGCUGGAGUGUGCUGCCCAAGAGCGUGAACCCGGACAGGAUCAAGGCCAACUUUGAUUUGGACGGCUGGGAUCUAACGGAUGAGGAGAUGGCAAAGAUUGACGCGAUCCCCGAUCGGUUCAAGGUGUGCGGCGACGCCUGGCUGCCGAUCAAGGUGUUCUUUGGCGAUGACGAGUAG